UGUUUAAUUGGGUGUCAACCCGGAGUGGAGAGAGCGGCGGAGGAGGAGGAGGCGGGAGGUGAUAGCCACCCGCGCGCGUGUGUGUGUAAAAGAUGUCGGUCUACCCCAACCGCUAUAACCCGUUCGCCGAGGAGGAUGAGGAGGAGACGGCGGCGGUGUCGGGCGGCCGGAGGAGUGACCCGUGGCGGGAGGAGCAGGAGGAGGACGGGCCGGGCGGCGCGGCCCAGGACAGGCAGUGGAGCCUGAGGCAGCAGGUGCUGCGGAGCGCCGACCGGACGGUGCAGAGCAGCGGGCGCUGCCUGACCCUGGUGUACGAGUCCGAGCAAAUGGGCACCGAGGCAGCGACGGAACUAAUGCGACAAGGUGAAUCUCUUAGGCGAUCAGAGAAUAUGGUGGAUAAAAUGGACCAGGAUUUGAAAGUUAGCCAGAAACACAUAAACAGUAUUAAGAGUAUCUUUGGUGGCAUUACGAACUACUUCAAAUCUAAGAAUCCGGAACCGCAAGCCUCUCCGGUACCUGAGAAACAAGCUAACAGCAAAUUACAAGAUGCUUUGGAUAAGAGUAUGCAGCAGGGAAAUGAGGACCGGGCAAUGCAUCCAAACCUGAGGAGACUAGAUACUUCAGGUUUUGGGGCCAGUGGCAGCUCUGCUGCAGUAGAAAAUAACAGUUACUCCAAGAACAAUGUUCUUCGUACUUACCAUGCGCAGAUAGAUAACAAUCUAGAUGAGUUGUCCUCCGGCCUGGGCCGUCUGAAGGGGCUGGCAAUUGGCCUGCAGACAGAAAUUGAUGACCAGGAUCAGAUCAUUGAUCGUUUGACAGCCAAGACAGAACGCCUGGAUUCCAAGAUUGUCGCAACUGAUCGACAGAUUCGUAAACUUUGAAAUGCGCGUCAAAUUUCAAAUUUGCUUUUGGAAAUAAGACCUUUUAUUCAGAUGAUUUAAUAAACGGGAUUUGAGAAAACAGUUCACAAACCUCCCAAAGAAAUUGACGCCAUUCUUGACAAAAUCUUUCUGAAUGUAUUACCAUGGAUCUAAUUUUUUUAAUGUACCCUAGGUGUCUGCAUUCAGAUUUGCAUUAAAUACUGAUUAAUAUGAUGUGAUUGUAUAAAGGAGUUAAAGUUGUGCAGCCAUGCCACUCCUGUUUAAUCUGGUUUUCAAUGAUCUGUGCCAGUUUGUAUGGAAGACAGAAAUUGUGCGUGAUCCAAACUUUUGUGUGUCGAUGCUAAUGUGAAACCUGGUUGUAUUUUUGCUGCACUUGCUUGCUGUUACUGGUAGCUUUGACAGAAAGAGGCCAGGAAAACUAGCCUGCAUGAGGUCAUUGGAAAAUCACUGACACUAGACUCCAUCUCUGUGCUGUUGUGCAGAGAGUUAGAUUUCACUGGUUUGCAUGUUGCCUGCUGUUUUCUCAAUUCCGCAUACCCCCAAUCAUUCUUGCCUAGUCUGUGAUUUAGCUUGUUUUGUGAAGAGGCUGUACAUAUGUGCCUUUGGUAAUCCGUGACUUGUAACACACCAUCAGUUUAUGCUAAACUUUUUUUUGAAGAUUAAUAUAUCUAAUAACAAAUAUAUUUCUACCAGUUAAUGUGAGUUAUCCAUAUCAAAACAUGCCCUUUGGAUUUUUUUAGAUCAAUGGAAACGGUGCCUGUAUUUUAAAAGACUGUUUUGAACAUAAAGUCCUUUGUUCUCUUAGAAUUACAACCUGUAGUAUGCAUAAACACUUGAAUAUAACAAAACUCACUCAUCCUAUGAAGUAGAUGUACCCGUGCACCACUGGGGGCGCUCUUUGUAGAGCAGGUCCACUAGAAGCUGUUAAUUUAAUCCCGUUUUUUCCUGUAGCGUAUUUCAGGAUUUCCUUUGUUUCAGAGAAACCUUUCUUGCUGACUGCUUUUAGCUGAACAGCAAGCAAAUUUGCAGACAAUUCACUUUAUGAAAAAAGUGUUCAGAGAAUAAUAUCAAAGAUUUUAAGAAAGAAUAGAGGGAGGUAGCUUAAUUGUCACAAUCCUAAAUGCUGUAUAGGGAAAUAUAUGUCCCUUGUCUGUUUUCACACUCGUACGUGCUCACUCACAACACAAUGCAGUGAGGGUGAAUUACUUUAAGAAUAUACUUCCUUUCUCACUUCUCCACUCUAUGGCAAACAGCAUAAACAGUGCGUUUAACACCCAGACCAUUUUGUGGGGUUUCUUUACCUCUGUCCUUUCAGUUUAUUAUUGCUAUAGUGCAGCGGGAAGGGCUGAUUAAUCAAGGUUGUGGACUUUGUGGUCACUGAUGUCCUUUAAACACCCAACAGGGCAGCAGUGGCACUUCGAAACGUCAUGAAACUGAGCACAGUGUUGGUUAUAACCAUCUGGCCACUCCUGUAGCUGCUUUCUCCUAGCUGUGGUGCAAAGGUGAGUGUCUGCUGAGGAAUGAAAGAUCCUUUCAAAAACUGUUUCUUGUUGCAUGGUUGUCCCCCUCAAAGAUUGUAUUUUGAUGAAUAAAGUAUGAAAAGAGUGAGGCGUGCACAGAAAGGGAUGAGUGGAAGCAGGAGAGUUGACUAAGGCAGCUAAUCGAGGAUCAAAAUUUUUGUCUCAAGACUACCAUUUGUCUGUCAUCGCAACAAGUUUGUUUCCUGACCUUCAAAGAAAAUUUGUGCAAACUCAUUACACCUGCCUUUUACCUAUUAACUUUUGUAAAUGAGGUCAUGGUCAGGGUUAAGAGGUCAAAGAGCAACCUGUCUUGAAGGUGAUAGGUUUCUUUAUCAUAGGCUAAUUUACUAACUCAGACCUUUGGGCCCUAUCUGAAAAUAACUGCUAUCACAGGGGAUCCUUGCUAAAAUAUCUGAAACCGACGCAAAGCCCAUUUAGCAAUGGAGUGCUUUUCAUGUUUUUUGUAUGCGUAAUCGAUAUAUAGGACUUGUUGAGGAUUUGUAUUCAAAGAACAAUGAGCAAUUAAGUCAUCCAUAAUGUUUUUUAAAAUUCGCUGGUUUUGUCUGUAGCAUAAUGUUGGAUUAGAAAUAUGUGGCUGUUUAAUACCCCAAAUUCUCACUUUUUGUACAAAAUAUGGUGAUUUUUGUUUUAAUAGGAUAAAUUAGCGUGCUUUGUGAACCUCUACAUUAUUGGUUCCAAAUUGCACAAGGUGGGUGCAGUAAUUUUAAACUAUUGCAAGCUUCUUUUGGCUGCAGUAACUAAGCACAAAAGCUUAAUUUGAUUUUUUUAAUGUACUUGGAAAAUCAAAAAUUAAAAGAGCAAAAUACUGGGUGUAGUUUAAUGUGGAAACUUAAGUAUGCAAACUUUAAUCUAUCAUUUUGCUGAAUCACUUCCAAAUGCUAAAUAAAAACAAAAAAUUGCAGAUGCUGGAAAUCCAAAACAAAAACAGAAUUACCUGGAAAAACUCAGCAGGUCUGGUAGCAUCGGCGGAGAAGAACAAAGUUGACGUUUCGGUUCCUCAUGACCCUUCAACAGAACUUCUGUUGAAGGGUCAUGAGGACUCGAAAUGUCAACUUUGUUCUCCGCCGAUGCUACCAGACCUGAGUUUUUCCAAGUAAUUCUGUUUUUAUUCCAAAUACUAAAUGUUGGUUAUUCCUGUUCUAACCAUUUAAUUUUUUUAACACUAAUUUGUAUAUGUGAUUGGCUAUCUUCCAGCUUAAAUAGCAAAAUUAACAUUGCGUUUUUAUUUUCCGUAUCUUAAGUCAUACAACUUGAGGAGCAAACAUGCUGCGAUACCAGAAGUAUUUUGAAACCGUCGCUGCUGGCUUAGUCCUUUCACGUGAUAGAAGGAUUUGCAGAUAUUUUAUCUAUAAGCUUGAUGGAACUUUCCCUCUACAUGAUGACUAAUGCAUUUGAACAAAUUGUUUAGGUGGAUAACAGUGAAGCAUUUUGAAAGCUGGGAAAGGUGCCUUAAGUGGAUAUGAUAUGUUUAGAUAGAAAUGCUAUAUACAGCUAACUGAGUGCCUUCUAUAAAAUUUUAAUAGGCCAAAAGUACUAGGCUCUACGGAAUGGAUUGUACCAACAUUUACAAGGGGCAAUUUCUUGCCAUGCAAGUUAUAGGGUUUUCUGGUCAAACUUUAUAAUGGGAUUCUGCUUUAACAGUAUAAAUACUUUGAAGAGCAAACUAACGGAAAUAUGUUUGAUUUGUUGCUGAACUGGAAACAUUUGUAUUCUGAGCCUUUGGGCUUUAACUGCCUUUCUCAAUUUCUGAACUUUUGGUUUCAAAUGAUGUGACUUUGUGCAAUAAAAACCUUAAAACCUC